UCCCCCCACCCUCCCCAAGAAACUUUCUCCCUGCAACUUUCAUGGUGGAAAAAAGAAGGAGGUGAACACUAACUCUGAAAGAGCGGUGAGGGAGGAUUUGUGAGAAAUUUCGGACAUGGGUUUUCCGUUUUCCGACGGUUUUGAGGAUUUCUUUGCCGGUGAGUCCCUGGAGAUCCAUGACCUAGCGGCCAGUUUCGAAGCCCCUCCCCCGUUCUUGAGCUUCACCGACUGCCUCCUGCAGACCGAUCAGCUCCCCACCGACGACGGGUCUAUCCUGAACACCGACGUUCUCGACCUGCCGUACUCAUGGACGGAGCCAUUCAAUAACAGUUCCGGCGACGGGAAGACCACCGUGAAUAAAUCUGCUGUCGUGGCUCCAUCUACACCAAACUCCAUGGAUUCAUCCUCAUCCGUGGAGGCAGCCGGAGAGGAAACAGCCAAGCAGGACCAAGGUGCAACGAAGAAGGAGGGAGAAACAAAGAAGACAGUGAAGAAGCCAAAAAGGAAAGGAGAGAAAAAGGAAAAGGGGCCACGCUUUGCUUUCAUGACCAAGAGCGAGGUGGAUCACUUGGAGGACGGAUACAGAUGGAGAAAGUAUGGCCAGAAGGCUGUGAAACACAGUCCAUAUCCAAGGAGCUAUUACAGGUGCACCAGCCAGAAGUGUCCUGUGAAGAAGCGAGUCGAGAGGUCGUUUAAGGAUCCAUCCAUUGUCAUCACCACAUACGAGGGGCAGCACACUCACCAGAUCCCAACUGUGCUGAGAAGAAACGGAUCUGGAGCGCCAUUAACGCCUCCGCUUCUUGCACCAGCAAAUCAUGACUUCUCCUUGGGAGGAAGGGUGCAACAACUCCUGGAGAGAAGUGUUUCCCCUUAUGACUUCAGCCCUCUGUUCAUGAGAAACGCCAACUCUCAUGCUUUUAGCCACAGCAGUACCCAACUGCAUGACCAUGGUCUGCUCCAAGACAUGGUUCCUCCAUCCCUGCAUCUCCAAUAGUCACCUUUUCUAUCUUGCUGUGCAUAUUCGAGAUUAUUUCGUAAUCUGUAUGCCUCCAUAUCAUUAAUUAUAACCUUAUCUGUUCAAAUCGAAAUGCUGU